CAAGGCAAACACUGAACAUUUCAGAGCUAUGAGAAUGCUUCUGAAUUUGAGUUUGCUAGCUCUUGGGGCUGCCUAUGUUUCUGCCUUUGCUGUAGAAAAUCCCAUGAAUAGACUGGUGGCAGAGACCUUGACACUGCUCUCCACUCAUCGAACUUGGCUGAUAGGCGAUGGGAACCUGAUGAUUCCUACUCCUGAAAAUAAAAAUCACCAACUGUGCAUUAAAGAAGUUUUUCAGGGUAUAGACACAUUGAAGAACCAAACUGCCCACGGGGAGGCUGUGGAUAAACUAUUCCAAAACUUGUCUUUAAUAAAAGAACACAUAGAGCGCCAAAAAAAAAGGUGUGCAGGAGAAAGAUGGAGAGUGACAAAGUUCCUAGACUACCUGCAAGUAUUUCUUGGUGUAAUAAACACCGAGUGGACACCGGAAAGUUGAGAACAAACCGGCUUAUUGUAGUGGAAGAUUUUGGAGAAGAAUGGUUUUUUGGCGAUGAGAAUGAGGGCCAACCAACAGUAGGGACUUAAUGGCCAGUAUAACUAAGCUUCAGAGACAAAGUAAAUAUUUCAGGCAUCCUACUACUUUAUCACUUCACACAGAUGAAAUAUAUUUGAG